GAUAAUUUGAUGCGGUGAUACUAUGAAAGAAUUAGCAGUGCAUUGUAAUGAUAGAAAGAAAGCAAGCGAAUGCAGCUUAGCAAAAAAUGAAAAGUUGAAGUCGCUCGAUUGUGUCGAAGGAUUAAGUGUGGAUGCUGUGCAGAAAUCAAAUGUUUUAGCACAAAUGAAAAAACCGGUAUCAUCACUGGACAAAAUACCAUUAGUUCCGAUCGAGAAUAGAUACCGUGCCGAGAGGAUGGAUCAUUGCAUUGCUGAGAAAGCGAAAUGUGAAGCCAUGUCGAUUACGCCACCACCAACGCCGGAGAAUGCACGAAUUUGUCUGGUAGGCUCGCACGACAAAACCACUCUGGCGGCGGCACAAGUCUUCAAGGUACCGAUCGUUCUGUCCGAAACUGGCACUGAGUACGUCUCGGACCACAGCUUUAUCACCUAUUUCGUGCUGAAUCAGUUCGAGGGACCGCUAUACGAUGCAAUAUACCGCUCCAAGCAUAGAAUUCUUGGCCCGCCGGCUUUGCAGCAGGCUGUCCGAGCCGGCGAAGGACUGCUGCGGAACAAUCGUCCCAUCUACAACUAUUGCAUGAAAGGCGUCAUCACGUGCUUCACCGGAAUUCGCAAAAAGGAUGAGCUGACACGUCUUGUCGAUUUGAUCCACUCGAUGGGCGGAUCGAUCCGCAAGGAUAUGAACACCAAGGUUACCCAUCUAAUAUGUAACACAAGCGGUGGCGAAAAGUAUCAGUACGCUAUGACAUUCCGCCUCGCGGUCGUCCGUCCCAGUUGGGUGCUGCACGCGUGGCAAAAUCGCGAAGACCCCGGUCUGGUUGCGAACUCGGAAGAGUUUACCAAAAAUCACCGGCUGAAGGCUUUCGAGGGGCAGAAGAUUUGCUUCUUCGGCUUCCCGCCGGAGGAACACCAGCACAUGGUCGAUGUGCUCACGAUGAACGGUGGCAUACCGACCAGCCUGGAGGAUCCGGAAUGUUCACAUGUGGUCAUGUCCAACAUUGGCGAACAUUUCAGUGACGCUCUGCAACCGACGACUGCGGCCUCGCCCAAAGAUAAGAACACAUCUUCAUCAUACCCAUCGCCGCAGCCGUCACCGUCGGGGCCGCCAUCGUUAGAUAAGGAAGAUAACAACGAGAAUGAACCGAGCAAUUGUCGGAUGGAGGCCAAUUUAGUUGAUCCGGUAAAGUCUGAGAAACAGGAGGCUUUCAUUAGACGGCUGAAUGAAUGCCAAGCUAUGGGAAGGGAUGACGAGGAGCAAGAGGAGGAAAAACUAAGUCCAUUGCCGGUUCUACCGGAAGAAAGUGAGACCAGUGAAAGUAGCGGCGCUCAGCUGCAGGAGGAGGCGGAUCACGUCAGUAUGGCUGAAAAUGAGAACAAUUUAAACAUUGACUGCGAACAACAACAGCAGCAGCCGUUGGAUGUUUCGCCGAUCAGAUAUAUGGAUGAAAAUGUUGUGGAAAAUUCAACUCCGAAACAGUCGACCCCGGAAGCGGUUCAGGAGAAAACCGAUGGAGUAGUUUUGAAAUCAGGAGGGGAAAUCGAAUUCCUGAAUCCGAAUAAUAUUUCCCCGAUUUUGAAGAUCAACCGAUUAACUGAUGUUUCUUUGAAAAAAAUUUCCGAGGAAAAUGAUGACGACGAGGACGAAGAUGAUAUGGACGAUUACAUUAUUGCCAAUAAAGAUGCUUUGAAGAGAAAACGUCAGGAAGAUAGCUUCGAUGAUAUAUCGAUCAUUUCGACUGAUUCCGUAGCGAGCAGCAUCAUCUACGGAUCCGCCAAAAAACCUAAACUUAUCCGUACGGGAUCCAUUACUAGGGGUCUGCGCAGAAGCAUGAGCUUUGCCGCUAUUAAAACUCCGAUAACAUCAAUGUUCCGUUCGCGUAGAAAUUCCGUCGAUCCGAAUUCGUCCAUAAGUUCCAUUGCUUCGAUUGAAUCGACCUUCAACGAAUCAAUCAAAAAACCCGUCAAGGAAAAGCUUCGAAGCAUUCGCGAUAAAAUCACUAAAAGCAACAAAAAAGAAACGACGCCCAAGUCAAUCAAAAACAAAGGCUUAAUAACAUCCGCCAAUCUGGACAACCUCAAGACGGUAUGCCAAUUCAAGUCGGACAAGAACGUCAACACACCGGAACACUCGAAGAUCGCCGAUAAAAGUGAGGUCGAUUUUAAAACUCCAAUCGCUCCGGCCUUGUACCCUAGCGGUUCAUCGUCUUCGAAAGCCAAAAAGCGCACCAGCUUCUUCCGCCACUCGAUGAUUGGUGGUGGUGGUUCGGAAACAACGAAAACAAUCCCCUCAUUCGAGACUAAUCCGGCGCCGACGGCCACCGGUGGCGUCACGGUGGAAAAAGAAUCCUCAAACAACGCAUCGUCCAAUUUGGCAACAACCGAGCUUCACGCACCGCUACAGCCGGUGGUGACUGAAGCAACCGAUGCCGACGGUGACACUAUUAUGACAGGAGCAGCAUCAGCAGCAGUACCAACAACAUCAACGAUGACGAUGGUCGUUGAUGAGCACAUUGUAUCAUCCAAACCGGAGCCUAAAAACAACAAAACACACAUUGUGAAAGCAGAUUGGUUCUGGUACACCAUACAAAACGGAUAUGCGGAUGAGGGUUAUUACCUCUUUGGAGAUUAUUUGGAUAGCAUUGCAAACACUCCCGGCGGCGAUCGGCGAGAUUCACUUCCGAUUAGUUUCAACAAACGCAAACGAAAACGGCUUUCGCACAGGACACCGGCCGGCGACGGAACGCCGCUGGGAGCGGGCAAGCGAAGAUCGUCCGUUUCCGACGCUGGACUACUGUCGGUAUCGGGCAGUUUCCUGGACUGCACGACCAGCCCGGACAAGCAUGAGGGCAGCAAGAAGAACAUCAUCACCGAAACGGUGGACGUUUCGAUCGAACAACCCGCCAAGGGUCAAUCGAUGCGAUACAAUCACUUCACGGACUUCUUCCGCACCGAGUCAAACUACGUGGGAAUAUUGGAUACGAUAGUAAAUUUGUUCAAAGUACCUCUAGAAGAGAUGAUUGAGAAAGAACCUGAAAAUGCGCUACUUAAUAAAUCGGAAUUGAAGGCAAUCUUCAGCAACUUCCUGCCCAUCCAUGAUGUUCACAAACGAAUGCUGAAUCGACUAAAGGAGAUACAUGGCAGCUGGAGCGAGGACCAGCUGAUUGGUCAGAUAAUUUUGGACUAUAAAGCGGACCUUUACGUGGCCUAUCCACCGUACGUGAACUUUUUCGAGCAAACAAAAGAAACACUGCUACAGUGCGAUGCGGGCAAUCCACGGUUUCAUGCAUUUUUGAAGAUCAACCAAGCUAAACCGGAAUGUGGCCGUCAAACCUUGCAGGAUCUGAUGAUUAGGCCCGUCCAGCGGUUACCGAGCAUUAGCUUGCUGUUGAAUGAAAUUUUAAAACACACCUCGAAGAACAACCCGGACCAUAAAAAAUUGGUGGAAUCGCUGGAAGCCAUCAAAGAGGUAAUCAAAAAUAUGAAUGAAGACAAACGUAAAACGGACAGCAAAGUGGCUAUAUUCGAAAUCUUCAACGAGAUAGACAAGUGUCCGCCCCAUCUGGUGUCCUUCCAUCGGCAGUACAUUUCGCGGUGCGAAGUGACCGAGCUGUCCGAUGGUCUGAGCGGCCGAGGGGAUUCUCUGGUACUAUUCCUCCUGAGCGACACGCUGGAAGUGUGCAAGAAACGCUCGCGAGCACCGAACAACGCAAAAUCGCCCAGCACGAACGGUCUUAAUUCCACCCGUUGCGGGGCCAGCAAGCCGUACAAACACGUCAAACUGAUGCCGCUCAGUUCGAUCCGGCUGGUGGUGAAUAUCCAGGACAGCCCGCGGGCGUUUGCUUUGAACUGUCGCGCCACAACCGACAGCAAGGAUCAGCUUCAUUCGUUCAGCAUUUGCGACGAAGAGAAGGAUAAGAUUAUCUAUCUGAAGAGCCUGUGCCAACAGCUGGCGGAGAAUGCCUGCAAGGCGGACGCAAAAACGUUCAUGGUCAGCUGCGAUUCCGAGGAGCUUGGAAUCGACGUGAGUGACAUCAACGUGGGCACGCUUUCGAAAGCGUUUAAAUUCGCCACCCGCACCAGGCUGAGGGUUGGCCGUGCGCUUUCAUUCAACAAAACACCGUCGAAGUUGAAGCGCGCCGUCUCAUCGAUGAUGACGUCCUCCUUCGGUAGUACCCAGUCGCUGACGCCGGCCUCCCAGUUGGCCCAGAUGAAGCUGGCAAGCUGUACGAACAUAAACGAAGUAGGCGAAGAAUCGUCCGAGACCGACUCAAAAGCGUCCUCGUCACCGACGUCGGCAGCGGAUAUCCUGGUGGCACCGAUGUCCGUCCAGCCGACCCGUAAGAACAAGAAUCCGCCGAUGUCGAUGGCAGCUCUUCGACGACUAUAA